AUGGAGAAAUUCAUCCCCCAGGGUAUGUCAACUACCCCUGUCCCCCAGGGCAGAACAGCUACCCUUGUACCCCAUGGUGUGUCACAUACCCCUGUCCCCCAGGGUGUGUCAACUACCCCUGUCCCCCAGGGCAGGACAGCUACCCUUGUACCCCAGGGUGGGUCACAUACCCCUGUCCCCCAGGGUGUGUCAACUACCCCUGUCCCCCAGGGCAGAACAGCUACCCUUGUACCCCAGGGGGUGUCAACUACCCCUGUCCCCCAGGGUGUGUCACAUACCCCCACCACACAGGGGAUGUCACAUACCCCCACCACACAGGGUGUGUCACAUACCCCCACCACACAGGGUGUGUCACAUACCCCCACCACACAGGGUGUGUUACCUUCUUCCAAACCCCAGGACCUGUCCACUACCCCCAUCUCCCAGAAUACAAUAGUUAUUCCUCCUCCAGAAUUUCAGGAAUCCAACCCUGCUCUGGAAACAAAGAAAUCUUUGACCAUAAAACCUGAUGUGGACACUUCCACUUCAAUAAGUAGCAGCAUUGCUGUACCGUUAGGAGCCACUGAAGUUGGAUGUAGGUCUCCCACGGUUACGGAUACUGUGGCUAGUGAUGAUUAUCGGACUGACCAAAUUGAAAAUAAUCCAGGAAGGAGUCUAAAGGCUGAAAAAGGCCCUGCUGAAAGCCCAAUUGUUUCUGUCACUGAUAAUGUUAAAGAUGAGAAUUUAAAAGACUCAAGCAUGUCUUUGACUCAAAUUGAUACACGUGUUCCUGUGGUCCCGAAAGAAAAAAUAGUUUCUCCAACGUCAAAGGAUAUGGAUAGAUAUUCAGUGGAUUCGUUAGGGUCAGGAGGAGCUAUUUAUGUAGAAAUUGGGCAAAUACAACCCCAUAUAAGUAGUUCUACACCUCAAACUUCUUCUGACCAAACCUUGGAUGAUGUGGAUGGCCCUAGAGUGUUUUCAGAAACACCCCAUUCAAACAUCAUUAGUCAAAGACCCAUUCCUCAAAGCACAAAAUCAAGAGAAGUUGAAUAUGCAAGAAUUCAGAAAAGACCGAAAAAGAGCAAGGAUACAUCUGAAAGCAUUGUGCAAAGUCCAGGAAGUGCAAAUGGGAUAAGAAUUCCAGUGGAACAAAUCAUAGACAGACGAGAACCGGAUAUUAUUGUUGAGACAUCUGAUAGUUCUAGGAAUUCCGGAAUUAUCCGUGGUAUUUCCGAAAGCUCUAUGACAUUUGAAAAUUAUCAAAGAGUUCCAGGGACUAUGAUUCCAAUAAGUACCUGCCUUCUUCAGACGGUCGGUCCCGGUGCCGCUGUUCAAACAACUUCCUGUGAUAUUGUAAAACAUGCUCCUGGGAAGGCUGUUCCAGUCCCUCCCACUCGUGUAUCCUCCAAACCGCCCAGACCGACAUCUAAACUUAAUCUCCAUGACAACAGGCAUCGUUCUAGUUCACGCAGAAGUGACACUGAUGUGAGGACAUUUCGACCAAUAGCUCAUCAAACCUCCCCAAUUCUGGGGUCAAGGUCACCUGUUUCUGGUAAUGUCAGUAGACAGCAUCAGAGAACGAAGUCAUCGGAUAUAAAAAUGUCAGCUGAUCAUCUUCAUCAAGGUCAGUAUUUCCAUGGACCAGUUGCUAGGAUGCAGUCUUUUCAAGGCCAAAGCUAUGAAGGGUCUACUAUAAGGACACCUGUCCAUGAAGGUCGUCAUUGUGAUAAGCCAGUUUCCUGGACACAUUCCUACGAAGGUCAACAUUACCAUGGUGAUAUUGGUACAAGAACAAGAACACCUUCGUUUGUGGAGGCUAACCAGCGAAGUCCUCGGACUAGAGCAGUCUCAGAGGAUGUUCAAUAUGUUUCUGGGAUUUACCAAAAAGUGGUGAGGUCAAGGUCAAGUGUAACACCUCGCGCUAAUAGACAUCAGCAAGAUAUGACAAAAACGUCGCAGCACACCGACCAAAAACAGCUACUUGUUAAACAAAACAAUUUGGGGGGAUUUCGGCCUUAUGGAACAGUUUCUAGCACGGUGACCAGGACACUGUCCAAGACUGAACAGAAGGAUAACUCGGCCAACAGGCAAAGUGUUCAGUCAAACCAGACUUCCAUCAGUGUUACAUCGGUGGCCGAAAGUGUCAAGUGUGGAAUGAAAGAGCUUGUAAGGAUUCUUUACAUGCCGUUCGCUUGCUGUCAUCGUCGAAAG